AGAGGUGUGCUCAUCAGAUCAGAUAAAGCCAGUGUUAAUGGGAAAGGUAGGAGGAGAUUCAUGGAAGAAGAGGAGGAAACUCUCUGCAUCUCAGGAGUCCUCCUGUUCCUAUCCUGCUACUUCUUCAUUCUGUGAGCUGGUUGGACAUCAUCCAUCACUAUGUUCUCUGACAGUGGGGCUCCAGCACCAGGGGAGCAGAAAGGCUUCAAGCCCCACACUCCCCACUUCAUUCCGUGGCUGCGCAAUAGUUUGAAAGCCCAUCACAGCAGUGACCUGGGGCUCAACGGACCGUACAAAUCCAACUCGGAGGCCCGCAACAGCCUGACCCCACUGGAGAGAGCCAAGGGGAUCAGUUUCUUCUCUAUCCAAGGAAAGGACCGGGCAAAGAAGGGAGAACUUCGGUGCAAUGGUGUGGGGAUGACGAGGAUGCUGCCAGUAGUGCUGAGGGGGCACCACAUCCUGCCAGGGACUUUGGGUAAGCAGAAGGAAGACAGUGCUGCCAGGUGGAAUCAGAAUAAAGAACUGGACUCAGACCCCAGCACACAAACCAGCCUGGGAGAUGGGCCACAGGGUCCUAGUGACAGCUCCUACGCUGCCGAGGACAACCACACCUUUAUUAGGAACCACAGCACCCACCUGAGCCUGCAUCAGCCGAAAAGUGAUGGGACUAAUUCCUCAGUCAGGAAGUACGGGCCCCUUGUGGGUCCCACUCCUGCCCCUGUUCCUGCUCUGCUGGACAAGGAGCCAAACUGUAAGGUGCCUGUUGUGAUGUGUAUGGAGGACAGGAGCGGAAAGGUGUGGGAUUAUGCCAGCCAUACAACCUACCACCAGAGAGACCUCCAUUCAUCGAGCUGGCUGAGUUCAGACACUCAGGGACUAAUAGAAAGGCAGCAUGGAUUUAGCUCCAGCUUCAGCUAUAUCAAUAAACACAGCAGGAACUCCCAGAGUCAGAGAGACCUGACUGCACUGAGGGAGCCACCUGUGGAGGCUCUCAAUGGGCCCCUGAGCAGAGUCAUUUUCUCCACAGAGGUUCCUCACAGGGGUCUGGGCUGUACAACGACCCUUCGAGGCCCCAGGAAACCCAGACCGAGCUCAGAGCGGAUCACCAUUCAAGGUCAGAACCAGACGUGGGUCCAGCAGAGACCUGUCAGUGAGGGAGACUCACAGAGUAAAAAUGCCAGCUGCACCAGGAAAGUGGUUCGAAACCAAAUCAAACGAGUGGUGGACAACCUGGAGCAGGUUCUCAAAGCACUGAGAGAUGUUCACGAAGAAAUGAGAGAGGUGGUGCAUCAGAUUGACAAUCUAACUUCAUCAAUUGAUUUGAAUGAGGUGGAGCAACACGACACAGAAGGUGGAGACUCAAAGCUUCCCAGUGACAGCAGCUACAAUUCAGGUUCCAGCUCCAGCGAGAUAACAGUCGGUAGCGCCCAUCAGCAGCCCUCCAGCACUGAAAACCAGCAAGGAAAUGUUGACUUGUCUGGCACUCUCAGGAGAAAUCAUCAUCGCAGGAGCCGGUCUCCUGUGCCAUUCUGUUCUUCAACCUCUGGGAUUUUAUCAGAGAGGAGUCGGACUCUUCGCUUCACAUGUAGUCUAGGGUCACCUCCCAGGCAAAGUGGACUGAUGCCAUCUGGCAAUAGCAUCCCUUCAUCGAACCCAACCGAACUUCAAGACGUCAUCUCCCAUGAAAACACUCUAUCUCCCCCCAAAAACCUACCUGUGCGCCCUCCGACCCCUGGUCUUUCACCUCUUACAGUAAAUCUCCACCACCCUGGAAGCCCAGGAUCUGGGCCUCAAUCUCCAGGGGCUUCCUCCUCCUCCUUCAGGAUCAGCCCCAUAUCCCCUCCUUCCCCCUUGUGUCAGAAACCUUACCCAUCCCCUAUCCUUAGCACAUCUGUCAUGGUAGAGAGCAAAGUUGGGUCUUAUCAGGACCCGCAAAGCGACAUCCCAUCUGGUGGCAGACUCUCUCCAUCAACCAACCAGACUUUGUCUCCCAGCGGCCCAUCCACCGACUCGCAGACUCAAACUGCAUCCACCACUUACAGAGAGAGGCGCUCAUCUUCAGCAGGACCUUCACAUGCGUGUGCUGCCUCUACAGCCACAGUCAAGCCACCUGCAGCACAAGGUCGCAGAGGUCGCAAGCCUCCACCGUACCCUCAUCACAGGUUCUCUGAGCACACAAAGAAAGUGAAAGAGCCCCGCAAAGCUCCCCCCUAUCCUGAGAAAAGAAGGCUGCUCUCUACCACGGUGUGAGGCGAUGCAGCAGGUGGGGGAGGCUGAUCGAAAAGAGCCAUAUUCGCAGUACCAUCCACAAGUCUGCAAGAGUGGAGAGCAAUUUAAGGCUUGCCAAAUUGAGCUGAGACCAAGUUUCCAAGGUGACAGGACGGAAACACAAUCUGGGGAUCUGGACGUGAUUAUUUCCUGUUGUGACCUCAGUGGAAGUCUCAAUGGUGACAAAGGGAGGGGGGGGAAUUCCUGCUGAGCAUUUCCUCCUCUCUAGAGGAUCAACGCCAGACCAACGAGAGAAACAAACAA